AUGGGUCCCAAGAAGGCUGCUUCUGCAGAGGCCGGGAAGAUGACAAAGGAGAAGAUUACUCUAAAGAUGAAGAAGGAGAUCAUCAGGAAGCACGGCGGAGGCAUGCAAGUGAUAGACCUCGCCAGGGAGUACCGGAGGAAUCCAUCCACCAUCAGUAGCAUCCUUAAGAUGAGGGAGAAGAUCCUUGCAACAGAGGUAGCCAAGGAAGUCACCAGGAUCGUAAAGAACCGGCCAGCUGUUCUGGAGGAGGAGCCAGGAACCUCAGCCAUGCCAGAAGACUUCAAGGCAAGCAGAGGCUGGUUUGAACGCUUCAAUACCAGAUCUGACAACCACAGUGUGGUCAGGCAUGGAGAGGCUGCUUCUGCGCCUGCACCAGAGUCAACAGUGAUGGGCCUUGAGGUCCCAGUGACCACAGAGUCAACAGUGAUGGGCCUCAAGGUCACAAAGGAGGACAUCUGUGAACUGGUGGAGGGACACGACUGGGAGCUGGCCACCCAGGAGCUGGUCAAACUGCAGGCAGAGGCUACGGAGGAGCAGGCCUCUUUGGAAGAGGAAGAAGAGUCAGUGAAUUUAUUGGACUCGCGAUCCGUAAUGGGGGAUCUUGGAUGGAUUGCGUAUCCAAAGAAUGGGUGGGAAGAAAUUGGUGAAGUGGAUGAAAAUUAUGCACCAAUCCACACUUACCAAGUGUGCAGAGUGAUGGAACAGAGUCAGAACAACUGGCUCCUCACAAGCUGGAUAUCUAACCGAGGGGCUUCUCGGAUCUUCAUUGAACUGAAAUUUACUCUUAGGGACUGUAACAGCCUUCCUGGAGGUCUCGGGACUUGCAAAGAGACAUUUAAUAUGUAUUAUUUUGAAACUGAUGAUGAAGACGGGAGGAAUGUGAAAGAAAACCAGUACAUCAAAAUCGAUACCAUCGCUGCAGAUGAGAGUUUUACAGAAUUAGACCUGGGAGACAGAGUUAUGAAGCUGAACACAGAAGUCAGAGAUGUUGGGCCUCUGACCAAAAAGGGAUUUUAUCUAGCAUUCCAGGAUGUGGGAGCCUGCAUUGCACUGGUGUCUGUGCGUGUGUAUUACAAGAAGUGCCCUGAAGUCAUUCGAAACUUAGCCAUUUUUCCCGAUACCAUAACUGGAGCAGAUUCUUCACAACUGCUGGAAGUCUUGGGGUCAUGUGUGAACCAUUCAGUGACUGAUGAACCACCAAGGAUGCACUGCAGUGCAGAAGGGGAGUGGCUGGUGCCGAUUGGAAAAUGCAUGUGCAAGGCGGGGUAUGAAGAGAAGAACAACACCUGCCAGG